GCUCUGUGUACAGUUGUCAUGGUGACAGCAGAAGCUACUGCGGGUGCUGGGAGGCGGAAUGUCGGACAUACUAAGAAAAUCCCUGACAUCUAAAGAUAUGACGUCUACGAUGGAUAAGACAGUUGCCAGAAAUACAGAAACAUUUUUAUUGAUUGAAAAUGAAUACAUAAAGAAUCUCCAGAAACAAGUUUAUCUCCUAGAACUGGAAACAUCUUUCUUAAGGAAACAGGCAAGAAAAGUGACGCAUAACCAACCAAGGCUGACUGCAGAAGCUGAACGGACGGUGGCAGAGUUAAAGGAGUUGCAAUCUCAGAUAAGCAGCAUGCAGCUGGAACUGGCUAUGAAGGAAAACUCUAUCAGUGGUGUGAGAGGAGAGCUGGAGGCACAGCGCAGACACCUGCAGAAUGUCUCAGAUAACAACAUGAGAGAGAAGACAGUUCUAGUGGAAGAUACAACACAAGUGAAGAAACUGACAGAUGUUUCCACACAAGAUUUCACAUAUAAAGAAGAGCAACACAAGAGCAUUCUUCAUGAGCUGCACAACACCAUUCGGAGUGUGAAGGAGAAAGAGAGGGAACUCCGCCUCCUGCAAACACAACUUCAGGAACAGACAAAGCAACAUGAAACUGUGGAGGCACAACUGACAGAGAAGAGGUCGGAAUGUCUAUCGGUACAAUCUACCAUACUUCAGCUUGAGGAGCAGUAUGUAGCUACAGCUCAGUCUGUGCAGGAGCGUAUUGUUUUCCAGCUGCGCAAAGAAGCAGAAAAAUUACGAACUCAGCUGAAAGAAAAGCAACUGGCAGCUGAUGAAGAUAAAUAUUUGAGGAACAAAUUGGCAGAAGACUGUGGACGUCUUACCAAAGAAAAUGCCCACUUUCUAGCUCGAAUAUCGGAAACCACUAAACAACUUGAAGAGGAACGCCAACUCAGGGAAAAUGAAAGUUUGAACCUUACAAAAAGAAUCUCUGAGCUGGUAUCAGGGAAAGAGAAUGAGAGACAAUUGGAGCUAAAACUAUCACACUGGAGAAGGCUGGUGCAUGAUGAGAAGGAGAAAGUUGCUGCAGCACAGGAACAGGUGCUGCAGCUAGAACAAGGCAGGAAGUCUGUGGAGAUGGCUGGAAGUUCACUGCACAAGAAACUGACAGAUUUACAGAGUAAACACCCCGGGCUUCAGCAGGAAAACUCCCUCUUGCGUGUAGAGAAGAACCAUUUGGUGGAGCACAUCUCCCAGUUACAUAAACAGAUCGCAGAGAAAAACGAUGAAAUCCGCCGCAUGCAGGGUCAUGUGGACAGCUUGUGCUCCGAUUUCAAUAGCCUGAAGCUCCACAGAGAUCUGGAUGAAUCUUCUGGGAAACAAGCCUGGCAGGAGCUCUCUAGUAUCCUAUAUGGUGUUGCAGCUAGAGAUGUGCAAACCUCCUAAAAAUCCAUUCUGUCUGUAAGAUCAACUCUUGUGAUCUGUUUCUCUGGGUUUGCACCUUGAUUUUAUUUUUAUUUUUUAAUUAUCAUGCUUUAAAACACUAUGAGACUGAUGUACCUGACAUAUAUAUGAUUAUAUACCUACAGAAAGAUGAGAGUUCCCAUCCUUUGUUAUUCUGAUACCAGCUCAUGUGGCUUUUUUACAGCACUGGUGACAAUAAAGAGCUGGUGCAGGAUUGUGGGAUGGAUUGUGUGUGCCCCACCGAGCUUGAACCCUGGAUCAUGAUUUCAGUAAAGAACUCACUACUGAGGAGGGGGAGACAGAAGGGUCUUACUUUGAUUUAAUAAUUCUAUGAAUGAAGUGCAAAUUUUUUUUUUUUUAGAUUUUUGUAUUUAACCUCCUGAG